AUGUCUUCAACUAAGGUAUUUCUGAAGAGCUCUGAUGGUGCAACCUUCGAGGUUGAUGAAUCCGUCGCCCUUUUAUCUGAAACCAUCAAGAACAUGAUCGAAGAUGUCUGUGUCGGUGAAGCGAUACCAUUACCAAACGUCACCUCCAAGAUACUCCCCAAGGUGAUCGAGUACUGCAAGAAGCACGUCACAGACAAUCGAUCCUCGAAGAAGAAGACCACCAUUAAUGGAGAAGGCGAUGAGAAAGGGAAGGAAGUUCUCCCAGAGGAUGUCGACGAUGAAGAUGAUGAGAAGCAAAAGGCCGAAGUUGAGGAACUGAAGAAGUGGGAAACGGAGUACAUGAACAUUGAUCAACAAGUUCUUUACGAUCUCAUGCUUGCUGCAAAUUAUCUCAACAUUAAGGGCUUGUUGGAUUUGACGGUAGAGAAGACAGCUAGUAUGAUUAGGGGAAAGACUCCGGAGCAGAUUCGGGAGAUUUUCAAUAUUAAGAACGAUUUUACUCCAGAAGAAGAAACACAGAUCCGGAAAGAGAAUGAGUGGGCUUUCCAGUGAGUUUUAAUCUAUAAGAGGA